AUGCACCAGAAAAACCAAAGCAUUGUGUGCGAAUUCGGAUCAAGGAUGGACUGCACAUUGAACGACCACAUAUUUGGCAAGUGUAGCGCCACCACAAACUGCCAAUCCUUGACUCGCGGCGAGGAUAGCGACAACCCGGCCAUCAUCAGUCCGCUGCACGACUUUACCUUGCAAGACAUCAUCCAAGAUGGAGCGGUAUUCAGAACAAUUAAUGCUAUCAUUAUCAUCGUCAUUCAUAUCAGCAUCAUCAUUGUCAUCUUCGUUAAAGACUUCAUAGUUAUCUUAAACGGCUUGUUCAACUUCGCUAUCUUUCUAAAUAUAGCUCGAGAGCCGAUGAUGGAAUCUUUGUUUCCAACUCCGCCCGAAUCCCCGAAUGACAAGAUGAACAACAUGCUGAUUCCAUCCCAGCAGACAACCAGAUUGCUAAACAGCGUGGGAAAGUUUCAUGCACCUGAAUUCGAAGAAUGCUCCGAAGUGAAAAAGUUACUGCUUAGUGGCAUGCCGCGAAAUAAUUUAGUUAGUGAAAAAAUUGCAUCGGAUAGAAAGAACGAGAAUUCAUAUAAGAGGAAGAGGAUGAUGAAUGGAAGCAGGCAAUCUUGCAUGGCAGGUCGACCUUCAACUGCUACUUCCACUACUUCAACUUCUUCCACUACUUCCACUGCCUCCACCACUUACACUCAAAAACCUUCAACAAGGAUAAAAGUAGACAACUCGAAAAAAAAUAAUUUCUUAAUUUCUCCAGCGAUCAGCCGAACUUCGAGCAGCGAUAUGAUUUCGGUGAAGGACCACGACUAUUGUUUGAUUGGCCUGAGCAGCACAUCGGGCACAUACCAACAUUCAACAACAAACUACGCAGCCAAUGAAUCCUAUAGGGAGAGAAACCCUAUAAUUGCCAGUUUUUUGCUCGAUCCAAACCUAGAAAAGGAUAUCAUGCAAGACACGAAAAUGUUGCGUGAAGUCAGUAGGAGGAAGAUGUCAGUGAAGAUGUCAGUGAAUAGCAAAUGUCAUCGAGGCACGAGUUUGAAUACUGAAGUACAUAAUGACUUUUUGACCACUGGACUUAAUAUUAAUGAUUUAUUGUCCACUGGAUUUAUUCAUGAUGACUUUUUGACAAAACACAUAAACAAACAACCAAAAUCAUCUCAAAGCAUGAAUGAUUGGGCAAGUGAUAGUGUUCCGAUGAACUUGAAAUGCUUCGUACUUAAUAACGGGGUGGCAGUUGGUGACUUUUGUAUGGAAUUCGUUGAGGGGAAACCUCCAGACAAAGCUGAAACUUUAAAUAUUAAUUCAAUCAAAGUAGAGAAAGUGUCAAACAAAAUGUUUGAUGAAAAAUUAAAUUUUGAAUUCAACCGAAAGAAAAGAAAAUAUUUUGAAUGA